AUGCAACUGUUCGUAAUCUGCCUGCUGGCGGCCACCACGGCCGCAUUCACGAUGUUCGGCCCGCACAUACGUAUCGUGCCCGGCCAAAAGCCCAACGAGAUAGUGCUCCACUUCCGCAAUCCCUGUAACAACAAAACCAGCACCACGACCUUGAAGCCGCCACCACCACCGUGUCCGACUCAUCCCACCACGCCAGCCUGCGAGCACCGCAUUACUAGUCCGGCUCCGACGAAGCCACACUGCCCACAUGCUACCACUACUCCGCACGACUGCGGACACGAGACAACGAAAACGAGUAGGGCCACAACGGCAAGGCCAACAUUGGAGACCACUAUCAGAACCACUUUCCAGCCAACGCAACCAACAACUCCGCCAACGACUCCUAAGCCCACCGACAAAACUUCGGAGAAACCGACAACUCUGAAACCAACCGAACCGACAACUGCGAGCCCAACGACUCUAAAGCCCACUGAAGGAACUUCAGCGAAACCAACAACUCUGAAUCCGACCGAGCCGACAACUGCGAAGCCAACGACUCUAAGGCCCACAGAGGGAACUUCGGCGAAACCGACAACUCUGAAACCGACCGAGCCAACAACUGCGAAGCCAACGACUCUUAAGCCCACAGAGGGAACUUCGGCGAAACCGACAACUCUGAAACCAACUGAGAAACCAACGACUCUUAAGCCCACAGAGGGAACUUCGGCGAAACCGACAACUCUGAAACCAACUGAGAAGCCGACAACUCUUAAGCCCACAGAGGGAACUUCGGCGAAACCGACAACUCUGAAACCAACUGAAAAGCCAACGACUCUUAAGCCCACAGAGGGAACGUCGGCGAAACCCACAACUCUGAAACCAACUGAGAAACCAACGACUCUUAAGCCCACAGAGGGAACUUCGGCGAAACCGACGACUCUUAAGCCCACAGAGGGAACUUCGGCGAAACCGACAACUCUGAAACCAACUGAAAAACCAACGACUCUUAAGCCCACAGAGGGAACUUCGGCGAAACCGACAACUCUGAAACCAACUGAGAAGCCAACGACUCUUAAGCCCACAGAGGGAACUUCGGCGAAACCGACAACUCUGAAACCAACUGAAAAGCCAACGACUCCCAAGCCCACUGAGGGAACUUCGGCGAAACCGACAACUCUGAAACCAACUGAAAAGCCAACGACUCUUAAGCCCACAGAGGGAACUUCGGCGAAACCGACAACUCUGAAACCAACUGAGAAACCAACGACUCUUAAGCCCACAGAGGGAACUUCGGCGAAACCGACAACUCUGAAACCAACUGAAAAGCCAACGACUCUUAAGCCCACAGAGGGAACUUCGGCGAAACCGACAACUCUGAAACCAACUGAAAAACCAACGACUCCCAAGCCCACAGAGGGAACUUCGGCGAAACCGACAACUCUGAAACCAACUGAAAAGCCAACGACUCUUAAGCCCACAGAGGGAUCUUCGGCGAAACCGACAACUCUGAAACCAACUGAGAAACCAGUCACUCCCAAGCCCUCAGAGGGAACUUCGGCGAAACCGACAACUCUGAAACCAACUGAGAAACCAACGACUCUUAAGCCCACAGAAGGGACUUCGGCGAAACCGACCACUCUGAAACCAACUGAGAAACCAACGACUCUUAAGCCCACAGAGGGAACUUCGGCGAAACCGACAACUCUGAAACCAACUGAGAAACCAACGACUCUUAAGCCCACAGAGGGAACUUCGGCGAAACCGACAACUGCGAAACCAACUGAGAAACCAACCACUCCCAAGCCCACAGAGGGAACUUCGGCGAAACCGACAACUCUGAAACCAACUGAGAAGCCGACAACUCUUAAACCCACAGAGGGAACUUCAGCGAAACCGACAACUCUGAAACCAACUGAGAAGCCAACGACUCCCAAGCCCACAGAGGGAACUUCGGCGAAACCGACAACUCUGAAACCAACUGAGAAGCCGACAACUCUUAAACCCACAGGGGGAACUUCAGCGAAACCGACAACUCUGAAACCAACUGAGAAGCCAACGACUCCCAAGCCCACAGAGGGAACUUCGGCGAAACCGACAACUCUGAAACCAACUGAGAAACCAACUACUCUUAAGCCCACAGAGGGAACUUCGGCGAAACCGACAACUGCGAAACCAACUGAGAAACCAACCACUCCCAAGCCCACAGAGGGAACUUCGGCGAAACCGACAACUCUGAAACCAACUGAGAAGCCGACAACUCUUAAACCCACAGAGGGAACUUCAGCGAAACCGACAACUCUGAAACCAACUGAGAAGCCAACGACUCCCAAGCCCACAAAGGGAACUUCGGCGAAACCGACAACUCUGAAACCAACUGAGAAGCCAACGACUCCCAAGCCCACAGAGGGAACGUCGGCGAAACCCACAACUCUGAAACCAACUGAGAAACCCACGACUCUUAAGCCCACAGAGGGAACUUCGGCGAAACCGACAACUCUGAAACCAACUGAAAAGCCAACUACUCUUAAGCCCACAGAGGGAACUUCGGCGAAACCGACAACUCUGAAACCAACUGAGAAGCCAACGACUCUUAAGCCCACAGAGGGAACUUCGGCGAAACCGACAACUCUGAAACCAACUGAAAAGCCAACUACUCUUAAGCCCACAGAGGGAACUUCGGCGAAACCGACAACUCUGAAACCAACUGAGAAGCCAACGACUCUUAAGCCCACAGAGGGAACUUCGGCGAAACCGACAACUCUGAAACCAACUGAGAAACCAACGACUCUUAAGCCCACAGAGGGAACUUCGGCGAAACCGACAACUGCGAAACCAACUGAGAAACCAACCACUCCCAAGCCCACAGAGGGAACUUCGGCGAAACCGACAACUCUGAAACCAACUGAGAAGCCGACAACUCUUAAGCCCACAGAGGGAACUUCGGCGAAACCGACAACUCUGAAACCAACUGAGAAGCCAACGACUCCCAAGCCCACAGAGGGAACGUCGGCGAAACCCACAACUCUGAAACCAACUGAGAAACCAACGACUCUUAAGCCCACAGAGGGAACUUCGGCGAAACCGACAACUCUGAAACCAACUGAGAAACCAACGACUCUUAAGCCCACAGAGGGAACUUCGGCGAAACCGACAACUGCGAAACCAACUGAGAAACCAACCACUCCCAAGCCCACAGAGGGAACUUCUGCGAAACCGACAACUCUGAAACCAACUGAGAAGCCGACAACUCUUAAGCCCACAGAGGGAACUUCGGCGAAACCGACAACUCUGAAACCAACUGAGAAACCAACGACUCUUAAGCCCACAGAGGGAACUUCGGCGAAACCGACAACUGCGAAACCAACUGAGAAACCAACCACUCCCAAGCCCACAGAGGGAACUUCGGCGAAACCGACAACUCUGAAACCAACUGAGAAGCCGACAACUCUUAAACCCACAGAGGGAACUUCGGCGAAACCGACAACUCUGAAACCAACUGAGAAGCCAACGACUCUUAAGCCCACAGAGGGAACGUCGGCGAAACCCACAACUCUGAAACCAACUGAGAAACCAACGACUCUUAAGCCCACAGAGGGAACUUCGGCGAAACCGACAUCUCUGAAACCAACUGAGAAACCAACGACUCUUAAGCCCACAGAGGGAACUUCGGCGAAACCGCCAACUCCGAAACCAACUGAGAAACCAACGACUCUUAAGCCCACAGAGGGAACUUCUGCGAAACCGACAACUCUGAAACCAACUGAGAAGCCAACGACUCUUAAGCCCACAGAGGGAACUUCGGCGAAACCGACAACUCUGAAACCAACUGAGAAACCAACGACUCUUAAGCCCACAGAGGGAACUUCGGCGAAACCGACAACUCUGAAACCAAUUGAAAAGCCAACUACUCUUAAGCCCACAGAGGGAACUUCGGCGAAACCGACAACUCUGAAACCAACUGAGAAGCCAACGACUCUUAAGCCCACAGAGGGAACUUCGGCGAAACCGACCACUCUGAAACCAACUGAGAAGCCUACGACUCUUAAGCCCACAGAGGGAACUUCGGCGAAACCGACAACUCUGAAACCAACUGAGAAGCCUACGACUCCCAAGCCCACAGAGGGAACUUCGGCGAAACCGACAACUCUGAAACCAACUGAAAAGCCAACGACUCUUAAGCCCACAGAGGGAACUUCUGCGAAACCGACAACUCUGAAACCAACUGAGAAGCCAACGACUCUUAAGCCCACAGAGGGAACUUCGGCGAAACCGACAACUCUGAAACCAACUGAGAAACCAACGACUCUUAAGCCCACAGAGGGAACUUCGGCGAAACCGACAACUGCGAAACCAACCACUCCCAAGCCCACAGAGGGAACUUCGGCGAAACCGACAACUCUGAAACCAACUGAGAAGCCGACAACUCUUAAGCCCACAGAGGGAACUUCGGCGAAACCGACAACUCUGAAACCAACUAAGAAACCAACUGAGAAACCAACGACUCUUAAGCCCACAGAGGGAACUUCGGCAAAACCGACAACUGCGAAACCAACUGAGAAACCAACCACUCCCAAGCCCACAGAGGGAACUUCGGCGAAACCGACAACUCUGGAACCAACUGAGAAGCCAACGACUCUUAAGCCCACAGAGGGAACUUCGGCGAAACCGACCACUCUGAAACCAACUGAGAAGCCUACGACUCUUAAGCCCACAGAGGGAACUUCGGCGAAACCGACAACUCUGAAACCAACUGAGAAGCCUACGACUCCCAAGCCCACAGAUGGAACUUCGGCGAAACCGACAACUCUGAAACCAACUGAAAAGCCAACGACUCUUAAACCCACAGAGGGAACUUCAGCGAAACCGACAACUCUGAAACCAACUGAGAAGCCAACGACUCCCAAGCCCACAGAGGGAACUUCGGCGAAACCGACAACUCUGAAACCAACUGAGAAACCAACUACUCUUAAGCCCACAGAGGGAACUUCGGCGAAACCGACAACUGCGAAACCAACUGAGAAACCAACCACUCCCAAGCCCACAGAGGGAACUUCGGCGAAACCGACAACUCUGAAACCAACUGAGAAGCCGACAACUCUUAAACCCACAGAGGGAACUUCAGCGAAACCGACAACUCUGAAACCAACUGAGAAGCCAACGACUCCCAAGCCCACAGAGGGAACUUCGGCGAAACCGACAACUCUGAAACCAACUGAGAAACCCACGACUCUUAAGCCCACAGAGGGAACUUCGGCGAAACCGACAACUCUGAAACCAACUGAGAAGCCUACGACUCCCAAGCCCACUGAGAGAACUUCGGCGAAACCGACAACUCUGAAACCAACUGAAAAGCCAACUACUCUUAAGCCCACAGAGGGAACUUCGGCGAAACCGACAACUCUGAAACCAACUGAGAGGCCAACGACUCUUAAGCCCACAGAGGGAACUUCGGCGAAACCGACAACUCUGAAACCAACUGAGAAACCAACGACUCUUAAGCCCACAGAGGGAACUUCGGCGAAACCGACAACUGCGAAACCAACUGAGAAACCAACCACUCCCAAGCCCACAGAGGGAACUUCGGCGAAACCGACAACUCUGAAACCAACUGAGAAGCCGACAACUCUUAAGCCCACAGAGGGAACUUCGGCGAAACCGACAACUCUGAAACCAACUGAGAAGCCAACGACUCCCAAGCCCACAGAGGGAACGUCGGCGAAACCCACAACUCUGAAACCAACUGAGAAACCAACGACUCUUAAGCCCACAGAGGGAACUUCGGCGAAACCGACAACUCUGAAACCAACUGAGAAGCCAACGACUCUUAAGCCCACAGAGGGAACUUCGGCGAAACCGACAACUGCGAAACCAACUGAGAAACCAACCACUCCCAAGCCCACAGAGGGAACUUCAGCGAAACCGACAACUCUGAAACCAACUGAGAAGCCGACAACUCUUAAGCCCACAGAGGGAACUUCGGCGAAACCGACAACUCUGAAACCAACUGAGAAACCAACGACUCUUAAGCCCACAGAGGGAACUUCGGCGAAACCGACAACUGCGAAACCAACUGAGAAACCAACCACUCCCAAGCCCACAGAGGGAACUUCGGCGAAACCGACAACUCUGAAACCAACUGAGAAGCCGACAACUCUUAAGCCCACAGAGGGAACUUCGGCGAAACCGACAACUCUGAAACCAACUGAGAAGCCAACGACUCUUAAGCCCACAGAGGGAACGUCGGCGAAACCCACAACUCUGAAACCAACUGAGAAACCAACGACUCUUAAGCCCACAGAGGGAACUUCGGCGAAACCGACAUCUCUGAAACCAACUGAGAAACCAACGACUCUUAAGCCCACAGAGGGAACUUCGGCGAAACCGACCACUCUGAAACCAACUGAGAAGCCUACGACUCUUAAGCCCACAGAGGGAACUUCGGCGAAACCGACCACUCUGAAACCAACUGAGAAGCCUACGACUCUUAAGCCCACAGAGGGAACUUCGGCGAAACCGACAACUCUGAAACCAACUGAGAAGCCUACGACUCCCAAGCCCACAGAUGGAACUUCGGCGAAACCGACAACUCUGAAACCAACUGAAAAGCCAACGACUCUUAAACCCACAGAGGGAACUUCAGCGAAACCGACAACUCUGAAACCAACUGAGAAGCCAACGACUCCCAAGCCAACGACUCUUAAGCCCACAGAGGGAACUUCGGCGAAACCGACAACUCUGAAACCAACUGAGAAACCAACGACUCUUAAGCCCACAGAGGGAACUUCGGCGAAACCGACAACUGCGAAACCAACUGAGAAACCAACCACUCCCAAGCCCACAGAGGGAACUUCGGCGAAACCGACAACUCUGAAACCAACUGAGAAGCCGACAACUCUUAAGCCCACAGAGGGAACUUCGGCGAAACCGACAACUCUGAAACCAACUGAGAAGCCAACGACUCCCAAGCCCACAGAGGGAACGUCGGCGAAACCCACAACUCUGAAACCAACUGAGAAACCAACGACUCUUAAGCCCACAGAGGGAACUUCGGCGAAACCGACAACUCUGAAACCAACUGAGAAGCCAACGACUCUUAAGCCCACAGAGGGAACUUCGGCGAAACCGACAACUGCGAAACCAACUGAGAAACCAACCACUCCCAAGCCCACAGAGGGAACUUCAGCGAAACCGACAACUCUGAAACCAACUGAGAAGCCGACAACUCUUAAGCCCACAGAGGGAACUUCGGCGAAACCGACAACUCUGAAACCAACUGAGAAACCAACGACUCUUAAGCCCACAGAGGGAACUUCGGCGAAACCGACAACUGCGAAACCAACUGAGAAACCAACCACUCCCAAGCCCACAGAGGGAACUUCGGCGAAACCGACAACUCUGAAACCAACUGAGAAACCAACGACUCUUAAGCCCACAGAGGGAACUUCGGCGAAACCGACAACUCUGAAACCAACUGAAAAGCCAACUACUCUUAAGCCCACAGAGGGAACUUCGGCGAAACCGACAACUCUGAAACCAACUGAGAAGCCAACUGAGAAACCAACGACUCUUAAGCCCACAGAGGGAACUUCGGCAAAACCGACAACUGCGAAACCAACUGAGAAACCAACCACUCCCAAGCCCACAGAGGGAACUUCGGCGAAACCGACAACUCUGAAACCAACUGAGAAGCCUACGACUCCCAAGCCCACAGAGGGAACUUCGGCGAAACCGACAACUCUGAAACCAACUGAAAAGCCAACGACUCUUAAGCCCACAGAGGGAACUUCUGCGAAACCGACAACUCUGAAACCAACUGAGAAGCCAACGACUCUUAAGCCCACAGAGGGAACUUCGGCGAAACCGACAACUCUGAAACCAACUGAGAAACCAACGACUCUUAAGCCCACAGAGGGAACUUCGGCGAAACCGACAACUGCGAAACCAACCACUCCCAAGCCCACAGAGGGAACUUCGGCGAAACCGACAACUCUGAAACCAACUGAGAAGCCGACAACUCUUAAGCCCACAGAGGGAACUUCGGCGAAACCGACAACUCUGAAACCAACUGAGAAACCAACUGAGAAACCAACGACUCUUAAGCCCACAGAGGGAACUUCGGCAAAACCGACAACUGCGAAACCAACUGAGAAACCAACCACUCCCAAGCCCACAGAGGGAACUUCGGCGAAACCGACAACUCUGAAACCAACUGAGAAGCCAACGACUCUUAAGCCCACAGAGGGAACUUCGGCGAAACCGACCACUCUGAAACCAACUGAGAAGCCUACGACUCUUAAGCCCACAGAGGGAACUUCGGCGAAACCGACAACUCUGAAACCAACUGAGAAGCCUACGACUCCCAAGCCCACAGAUGGAACUUCGGCGAAACCGACAACUCUGAAACCAACUGAAAAGCCAACGACUCUUAAGCCCACAGAGGGAACUUCGGCGAAACCGACAACUCUGAAACCAACUGAGAAACCAACGACUCUUAAGCCCACAGAGGGAACUUCGGCGAAACCGACAACUGCGAAACCAACUGAGAAACCAACCACUCCCAAGCCCACAGAGGGAACUUCGGCGAAACCGACAACUCUGAAACCAACUGAGAAGCCAACGACUCUUAAGCCCACAGAGGGAACUUCGGCGAAACCGACAACUCUGAAACCAACUGAAAAGCCAACGACUCCCAAGCCCACUGAGGGAACUUCGGCGAAACCGACAACUCUGAAACCAACUGAAAAGCCAACGACUCUUAAGCCCACAGAGGGAACUUCGGCGAAACCGACAACUCUGAAACCAACUGAGAAACCAACGACUCUUAAGCCCACAGAGGGAACUUCGGCGAAACCGACAUCUCUGAAACCAACUGAAAAACCAACGACUCUUAAGCCCACAGAGGGAACUUCGGCGAAACCGACAACUCUGAAACCAACUGAGAAACCAACGACUCUUAAGCCCACAGAGGGAACUUCGGCGAAACCGACAACUCUGAAACCAACUGAAAAGCCAACGACUUUUAAGCCCACAAAGGGAACUUCGGCAAAACCGACAACUCUGAAACCAACUGAAAAGCCAACGACUCUUAAGCCCACAGAGGGAACUUCGGCGAAACCGACAACUCUGAAACCAACUGAGAAACCAACGACUCUUAAGCCCACAGAGGGAACUUCGGCGAAACCGACAACUCUGAAACCAACUGAGAAACCAACGACUCUUAAGCCCACAGAGGGAACUUCGGCGAAACCGACAACUCUGAAACCAACUGAAAAACCAACGACUCUUAAGCCCACAAAGGGAACUUCGGCGAAACCGACAACUCUGAAACCAACUGAAAAACCAACGACUCUUAAGCCCACUGAGAGAACUUCGGCGAAACCGACAACUCUGAAACCAACUGAAAAGCCAACCACUCUUAAGCCCACAGAGGGAACUUCGGCGAAACCGACAACUCUGAAACCAACUGAAAAGCCAACGACUUUUAAGCCCACAGAGGGAACUUCGGCAAAACCGACAACUCUGAAACCAACUGAAAAGCCAACGACUCUUAAGCCCACAGAGGGAACUUCGGCGAAACCGACAACUCUGAAACCAACUGAGAAACCAACGACUCUUAAGCCCACUAAGAGAACUUCGGCGAAACCGACAACUCUGAAACCAACUGAGAAGCCAACAACGACGGCAUCACUCCCUCCGUUCAAUAUAUUUGAUAUAAUUUCUGGGGCACCGUUAACAACCGUGUCCGGUGUUUUGUAGAAGCUUA